AUGGAACUGAUAUACGCGAUUGUGGAAAGAGUAGAUCGCAUUGAGAGAGAAUUGAAGGGCGCUCCAUUAGAGAGUGGGCAGGAAAUUGCAAAUCGAACAUUUGAUAAAGAAAUGGAGGAAAGUGCUGUAAGAGAGAAGAGAGACAAAGCUCAGAUAAUGGAUGAGACUGCGAAGAAAAUCGAGCUCCUCGAACGGGAAAUAAGGGACAUUUUAAGAGAAAAGAGAGACAAAAAUGUCCUCGACAAGAUUGAGAGUCGAAUAGAGCACAUAGAAAUGGAAAUGAGUAGACAUGCUUCACAAGAGAAGAGAGAUAAGUUUUCGCUGAUGACUGUAGUGGACAAAAUUGCAAAUCGAUUAGAUCGCAUGGAAGGACAACUAAGGGAUGCCCCAUCAGAAAAGGGAGAAAAAAGUGUGGUGGACGAGAUGGCAACUCGAGUGGAGCGCAUAGAAAGGAAAAUUGAGGAAGAUAUUCCACAGGAGAAGAAAUUCAAAGCCUUGCUUAUGAGUGUGUUGGAUGGGAUUACAACUCGGGUGGAGCGCAUAGAAAGUGAAAUGAAGAACGGCCAGGUAGACACGAAAGACAAACUCCAACUGAUGGGAAGAGAAAUGGCGGAUAAUCGACAGGACCGCAUACAAAGGGAUUCGGAAGAAGCUCCGGUGAUAGCAAGACCGAAGAGCGUACUGGGCGAGAUUGCAAGACGAGUGGAGCGCAUAGAAAGGGAUAUAAGGACUGUUUUAUUGAAGAAAGGAGACAAAGUAUUGCUGAUGGGCAAAGAAAACAAAAAUCAGCAAGACUGUGCGUUUUAUCAUUUCAGAGUGCGGUAG